AUGAAUAUUAUUACUUGGAACUGUCGAGGUUUACUUAACCCCUUCUUUCAAAGCUUUGUUCAUAGUUUGAAGCAGAUUCAUUCCCCUACCAUUUUGAUAAUUACUGAAACCAAAGUCAGUGGUUCUAGAGCAAAAUCGAUUACAAAUAGGCUACAAUUUAAUGGGGCAAUCCAUGCCAACAACAUCGGAUACACAGGCGGCCUUUGGAUUCUCUGGGACUUAACCCAAGUGGAGGUUACUGAAUUAAUAUGCAUAGAGCAAGAAAUUGAUGUUAUGGUGAAGGAUCUAUCCACCAAAAUUUCUUGGCUUAUGACGACAGUCUAUGCUAGCCCCAGAUGGGCAAAGAGACGUUUACUGUGGGAUAAUUUGAUGAAGGUAGCAGAACUUUAUGCUCUUCCUUGGAUCAUUACUGGCGAUUUCAAUGAGUUGCUUAGAGCUGAGGAUAAAUUUGGUGGUAGACCUGUUAAUCUUUCAAGAGCAAUUCAAUUUCAAGAAUGUCUGAAUUUUUGUGGCAUGAUUGAUCUGGGUUUUUCUAGUCCGUGA